AUGAACUUUGAACACGUGGCCAUUGCCUUCUCUCAGGAGGAGUGGGGGCUCCUUAAUGAGGCUCAUAGACUUCUGUACUGCGAUGUGAUGCUGGAAGUGUUUGAACUGGUGUCAUCUGUAGGUUGUUGGCAUAAAACAGAUGAUGUGGAGGCCUGUUCAGAGCAGAAUGUAUCCAUAGAAGGAGAGUCACAGGUCAGGGCUUCUAAGACAGCCUCAGCAACCCAGAAGAGCCAUCUCUGUGGGAGGUGUUUCUCUGUGUUAAAAGAUAUUGACCUGCCUGAGUCACAAGCAGCAGACUUUGAGCAGAAAGCCUUUUUCAGUGAUGCAUGUGUGAGAGGCUUUUGUUUCAGUGCAAACCCUCACCAGCAACAGAGGGAAGCCAGUGGAGAGAAGCCCUGGAAAGGAGCUGUGGACAGGGCCUCAUUUGUGACCAGGUUCAGCUUCUACUUACCAGGGCUGCCUUCAACCAGUAGGGAGGUUGGGGAAGACUUCCCAGCUGUCUCAGAACUUCUCCAGAACCAGGCCACUCUCAGCACUGAGGAGCCACACAGUGGCAGUGCGAUUUCACAGGAAUUACUCAAUAGAAACAGGCAUCACCAAUGCAAUAAAUGUGAAAACGCAGCCAGCCACCACCAGAACCUUGUUCAACAUCAGGGCGUCUGCUCUGGAGAAGUGAAAUAUGAGUGCAAUACAUGUGGGAAAGUUUUCAGAUGUAUCUUUAACCUCAAUAGACAUAGGAGAGUUCACACUGGAGAAAAGUCCUAUCAGUGUACUGAUCAUGGGAAGUCCUUCCAUCAAAGGUCUUCCCUCAGUGAACAUCACAGAGUUCACACUGGAGAAAAACCUUACAAAUGUAGUGAAUGUGGAAAAUCAUUUAGGCGCAGUUACCACCUUUUUAGACACAAGAGAGUUCACACUGGAGGAAAGACUCAUAAAUGUAGUGAUUGUGGGAAAGGCUUCAGUCAAAGCUCUUACCUAAUUAUGCACCACAGAGUUCACACUGGAGAAAAACCUUAUGAGUGUAGCGAAUGUAGGAGGUCAUUCAGGCAAACCUCUGCUCUCAAUAAACAUCAGAAAGUUCACACUGGAGAAAGGCCUUAUGAGUGUAGUGAUUGUGGGAAGUCCUUCAGUAAUAGGUCUAUCCUCACUGUACACCAGAGAGUUCACACUGGAGAAAAGGCAUAUGAGUGCCAUGAUUGUGAAAAAUCAUUUAGGCAAAAGUCCAAUCUCACAGUGCACCAGAGAGUUCACACUAGCGAAAUGUCAUACGACUGUAGUGACUGUGGGAAGUCAUUCAGGCAAAUCUCUACUCUCAAUAAACAUGGGAGAGUUCACACUGGAGAAAAGCUGUAUGAGUGUAGUGACUGUGGGAAGUCCUACAGUCAAAUCUCUAAUCUCAAUAAACAUCAAAGAGUUCACACUGGCGAAAAGCCGUAUGAGUGUAGUGACUGUGGGAGGUCAUUCAGGGAAACCUCUGCUCUCAAUAAACAUCAGAGAGUUCACACUGGAGAAAAGCCAUAUGAGUGUAGUGAUUGUGCAAAGUCCUUUAGCAGAAGCUCUACUCUCAUUCGACACCACAGAAUUCACACCGGAAAAGCAACUCGUGAGUGUAUUGAAUGUGGGAAAUCUUUUCGCUACAAAUCUUUCCUCCUUCAACACUUGAGAGUACACACUGGAGAAAAGCUUUAA